AUGAAGCGCAGAAAAGGCGCAGCAGCAGCACAACGGCGGCAUCUGGGGCCCAUCGCGGGUUUGCUGCUGCUGCUGCUGCUUGAUGUUGCUGUCGCAGCGCUGCUGCUUGCUGCUGUCUUUGCUGCUCCUUUUCCUUCUGGGCGUGAAGCAGCAUCUGAGUUGAGUUGUCUCUUUAGCUGCAUCUCCCCUGAGACCUUACUUCAGCAGCAGCAGCCGCAGCAGCAGCAGCAGCUUCUGCUGCUGCAGCAGGAGCAGCAGCAGCAGCAGAAGCAGCAGUCACGGCAUUGGUGGCGGCAAGGAGAAUCUGAGGCGCAGAAGAGCGAAGGGUCUGCGGAUGCUGCUGCUUCUGCUGCAGCAGCUGCUGCUGCAGUGCCCACAGGUGUACGCUGCAGCAGCUGCAGCAGCCGCCGCCUGCCAGCAGCAGCAGCAGCAGCAGCAGCGUUGGAAUUGCUGCAGUUUAGCAGCGUGACGGUAGCAGCAGCUACAACGCAUGCAAGUCGGCUUUGCCGUGUGGUGGUAGAUGCAGCAGCAGCAGCAGCAGCGGCAGCAGCAGCAGCUGCAGCAGCAGCAGCAGCAGCACUGGCGAAAGCGAAAGCUGCUGCAGGUUCUUUGCUGCAGCGUUUGCUGCUGCGCCACGUGACUCCUCUCUCUUUAAGCAAGCCGUUCCUCAUGCCUUGUGGUUUGCUGCUGCUGCCGAAGCUGCCUCCGCUGCUGCUGCCCUCUCCCCACAGCGCGCUGCAGCAGCUGCUGAAUUUGCUGCCGGGUUUGCUGCUGCGGGUUUCCUUCGCGCCGCCAGCCACACGCAGCAGCAGCAGCAACAGCAGCAGCAACAACAGCAGCAACAAGGUACGUCUCGCUGCACAAGUCCCCACAGGCCUCAGCUAUUUGCUGCUCGCUCGUUGUCUGCUGCUGCUGCUGCUCUUUGCUGCUUACGUGGCUUUGAGGCAAGCAGGCGCUGCUGCGGCUGCUGCUGCUGCAGAGGCUCAAGAGGCAGCAGCAGCAGCAGCAGCAGCAGCAGCAGCGCCACACACCGCCAUCAGCCUUAGUAAACAACGCAAACGUCGGCAGGACAGUAGCAGCAGCGACAGCAGCGACAGCAGCAGCAGCGACAACAACAACAGCAGUAGCAGCAGCAGGAGCAGCAGACUGCAUUACCGCUUAGAGAAGAAGCUCCGUGCAGCAGCAAAGCACAGACACAGACACCGAGUUGCUGCUGCUCGCCGUUGGCGUUUCCUCCCCGUCAGCUGCUGUUGCUGCUGCUGCUGCUGCUGCUGCAUGCUGCUUCCACGUCGCCGCCCUUCGGUGCAAAUACAGCAGCAGAGCGGCCCUAGUGCUCCAGCAGCAAAACACCAGAAGCAGCAGCAGCAGCAGCAGCAGCAAGACCAGCAGCAGCAGCAGCAGCAGCAGCAGCAGCAGCACAGCAGCAGCAGCAGCAGCAGCAGCAGCAGCAAGAGCAGGAGCAGGAGCAGCAGCAGCAGCAGCAGCAGCAGCAGCAGCAAGAGCAGCAGCAGCAGCAGCAGCAGCAGCUUGGGGACCCUCACAGACCUCAAGGAAGAGAAGCGUGAGGCAGCAUCGCGGGCGACCAGCAGCAGCAGCGAAAGCGAAAGCAGCAGCAGCAGAAGCGACAGCAGCAGCAGCAGUAACAGAAGCAGCCGCAGCCGCAGCAGAGACCGAAGCAGCAGCAGCCGAAGAAGGCGAAGCAGCACCAGCAGCGCUGACAAGGCCAGAGACCCCAAAGGCAAGCGCAGCGUUCGCAGCAGCACUUCUGGUGCUGCAGCAGCAACUGCAGACGCAGCAGCAGCUGCUGCUGCUCGUUACCGCCUGCGUGCUGUUGGCAGUAUGGUGUGCGGGGCAGCAGCUGCUGCUGCUGCAGCAGAUGCUUCUCUGCUGCUCGGACUGCUGCCGCUGCUGCUGCAACUCACCGUCGGUCUGGCAGGCCACGAGGCAGACAUUAAAGCCUGCAGCAGCAGCAGCAGCAACCGCAGCAGCAGCAGCAUCAGCAGGGCACGGGGCUUGUUAGGUCGUUUGUUGCGGGGGCUCUCGCUGCUGCUGUUAGCAGCUGCGUUUGGUUUGCUGCUGGGUGCAGCAGCAGCAGCAGCAUCAGAGACGCUCCGUUUAAAUGAGCCGUUGCCGCUGCAGCAGCAAUUGGGGUGUAUGUACACCGCGUUGGUGUUUCGACUGCAGCAGAUCAAGGCUUCUUUGCUGCUUUUGCUGCAGCAGGGGCUGCAGCAAUUGCUGCUGCUGCUGUCGCAUGCUAGCGCCGAUCCCUUGAGAUGGAAAUACACCUCAGCCAACCUUCCACUUAGCAGCAGCAGCAGCAGUAGCAGCAGCAGUAGCAGCAGUCAGCUGCUGCUGUGGCAGCGGGAAGGUGCUGCUGCAGCUUCCGGGGGUUUGCUGAGCCUCCACGAGAGGAUUUUGCUGCUACCUGGAGGAGCGCUGUUUGCUUCUUACGGGCUGCUGCUGCUGCUGCCUGUGCUGCUGCUGCUGCUGCUGCUCACGCAGAAGUUGCUGCUGCUGCGAGACCGCCUCUUCCGCUUCCUGGCUGCAGCGCGCAGGGCGGCGUACAGCUGCUGCUGCAGCAGCUGCAGCAGACGGAAGAAGCAGCCCCUCAAGGCGACACCUGACGCCUGCAAAGAGUUCAGCAGCAGCAAAACCAGCAACAGCAGCAGCAACAGCAGCAGCAACAGCAGCAGCAACAGCAGCAGCAACAGCAGCAGCAACAGCAAGAGCAGCAGCAACAACAGCAGCAACAACAAGAACAGUAACAGCAGCAACAGCAACAGCAGCAACAGCUCCAACGCAGCGUUGAAGCCCGCUGUUCUUAGGAGCCCUACCAAACGUCUUCGCUGGGGCUUCUGGGGCCCAAACCUAACUUUACCCAGCAGCAGCAGCAGCAGCAGCAGCAGCAGCAGCAAGGGCAUCAGCAGCAGCAGCAAGGGCAUCAGCAGCAGCAGCAAGGGCAUCAACAGCAGCAGCAGCAGCAGCAGCAAAAGCAACAGUAGCAGCAGCAACAGCAGCAGCAAAAAUGAGGACGGCCUCGUGCCUUGGUUCUUCUGCCUCGACGUUGGCUUCCCCUGGUUGGGGGGCCUCCUAUGUUUGCUGCUGUUGCAGCAGCAGCAGCAAGACAUGCCGCAGCAGCAGCAAGACUUGCUGCAGCUGCAACAUGACCUGCUGCUGCAGCAACAAGGCCUGCUGCAGCAACAACAAGACCUGAUGCAGGGAGAUGCGCUGGCUCUGCUGCUGCUGCCUUUCUGUUUGGUAGUAGCUGCAUGCGCUGCAGCAGCAGGAGCGGAUUUGCUGCAGCAGAUAUUCCUUACAGUUACACCUAGCUCGGAGGCUGCUGCUGCUGCUGCUACCUCAGCAGCAGCUUCUGCUGCACCCGACAGCUGGCCGUCCCUCGACGACCUGUCUCCUGCCCUGCGCGACGUGCUGCAGCAAGAGCAGCAGAGGCUUGAUGCUGCAGCUAGCAGCAGCAGCAGCACAGGGGUGGUAGGUUAUCGCCGCCCGAGAGGGCCGCUGCAGCUGCUGCGUGCGGUGUCUGCGCGGCUGCCUCCGCGUGCUGCAGCAGCAGGAGCAGCAGGAGCAGCAGCAAGAGAACGAAGACCUUCUUCGUUCAUUAGCAUCGAUGCAGCUUUAAAGAGAAGCCCCACGCUGCUGCAGCUGCGUAGGGUGGCGCUGUGGCAGCAGCAGGUAGCUCGGAAGCUGCUGACACGCCGCGCAGCAGCAGCAAUGCUGCUGCUGCUGCUGCUGCUGCUGCUCUUUGUUGCUGCUGCUGCAGUUGCCUUGACUCAACUCGUUGCUGCUGCCUACUUAGCCCCGGGGGGCCAGGCUUUGCAUGCACUUGAGCGGCUGCUGCUGCUGCGGAGGAUGCAGCCCCAAGGCGCAGCAGCAGCAGCAGCAGCAGCAGAGCCUGCAGCAGCAGCAACAGCAGCAGCAGCAACAGCAGCACGAGCAGCAGGGAGGGUAAGAAACGCAACAGUAGCUGCUGCUUUUCAUCGUCUGUAUGACGUUGCCUUCUAUCCGGAUGCAGACGAAGAGCUGCCUGCUGCUGCUGCUGCAGUGUACAGCCCUUGGGUUGCUGCUGCUGCAGCAGCGCCGCGCUCAGCAGCAGCAGCAGCAGCAGCCAGCGCGGCUGCAGCUGUCCCCGUGGGGACGCUGGAGGAACUGCUGCAGCCGCUGCAUCCCUUUCUACAGCAGCAGCACCUGCAGCAGCAGCAGCAGCAGCAGCAGCAAGUGCUUCGUGCUGCUGCAUGCAGCCGAGAGUUGCUUGGGGCUUCUUCGCAUUACUUCUUGACCGCAGCUGCCAACGCCCAGCAGCAACAGCAGCACCAGCAGCAGCAGCAGGAGCAGCAGGGCUGCAGCAUUUAUGUUGCUGCAGAUGCUGUUGCUGCUGGGGCAUCUCCGUUUGCAGGGCCUUCUCUGCUGCAGUGUUUAGUGCAGCAAGGGUCUUCAUUAGAUUUACGUGAAGCUUUUGCUUCUUCUGUCUUUACUUUUAUCAUCACAACGACCCCACCACACGCCGUCGCUGACGUCCUCAGCAGCAGCAGCAGCAGCAGCAGCAGCAAGAGCAGGUACUGUUUGCUGUUUUCUGCAGCAGGUUUGGCUGGGGCGCAAUUGAAUGCUGCUCGAGUGCUGCAGCUGCUGGGAGGCUCUUUUGCUUCCUGGGCACUGCAGCAGCAGCAGCAGCAGCAGCAGCAGCGGUGGCAGCAGCUGCAGCAGCAGCAAAAAGAUGAUAAACAGGGAUUGCUGCUGCUGUCUCUGCUUCCUACAGCAUUUGUUUAUUAUCGUACAGAGCCACUGCAGCGCCGCAGGAGGCUUAGGAGACGCACACCACCGCAGCAGCAGCAGCAGCAGCAGCAUCUGUAG